AUGCAUCUUGUAUGGUAGGAUCAUAAAUAGAAAGAAAGGUAUUUAAAGCAACAAAUUUAUGAAAAGGCAGGAAAUUUAUUCAGCUGAGGUGAAAAAGACAGAAAUAAUUAUGGAGAAUUUCAGAAGUACUAUUGGUCUAAGAAUUAAAGAAACUAAAGUAGUUUGGAAAGGAGAAGAUGUUUUAUUGAAAAGAGAAGAAAAAAAUGAUCAGACAGGUAUGGAUAUAUAAUCAAUAAAUGAGAUAGUAUCAGUUGUAGUAAUAACUCUUAAAAAAUCGAAAAGAUCUAAAACAGUAUAAUUAGAUUCACCCAUUCAUGA